AUGGAUCCAAACCGAACUGAACUCGAUUUAGAAAAAUUCGGCUUGAGCAAUGAUCAUUACAAAGUACCAUCGUCUUUACAUGGACAAAAAAAUGUUGUUUCCACUCCUUCAAUACCAAAACCUUCAUCAUUAUCUUCUGCUACAGAUUUUACUCGUAAUAUUAUUCCUGGUUCUCCAUAUUCAUCAAUAGAACAACAACAAACAACGAAUAUAAAUAAUCCAAAUGGUUAUUCCACAAUUCUAUUAAAUGAUUUUACACAACCAUUAUCAAUUCCAACUCGAUUACAAUCUUUAAAUUUAAUCAAUGAAGCAUUUAGACAUUUUAGUACUAUUGAAGCAACAUUAGCAGCACAACGUAAACAAUCUCAAAUGACAUCAUCAUCUAUAAAUUCAUAUCGUUCACGACUUAAUUCAACAACAAAUAAUCCUACAACUAAACAACAACAACAACAAUAA